GAACCUCCGCAGCCCUGUAGGUUUGGAAGCCUUAAAUCCAGGUUUGGAAAGGCUUUUUCCGUUCCAGAUGAUUUGCUGGCUUAAGCGCUUAAUUAGGAUGGCUUUUGAGCAAGUUGGAUUAAACAUGGAAUCAGUGCUUUGGUCGAGCAAGCCUUACGGUUCAUCUCGAAGUAUUGUAAGAAAAAUUGGUACUAACCUCUCUCUUAUACAGUGUCCAAGAGUUCAGUUUCAGCUUACUUCCCAUGCCACAGAAGGAAACCAUCCUAAUCAACUUCGAGAGGAUGCCGUGGCCUCCUUUGCAGAUGUGGGAUGGGUUGCUCAAGAAGGUGGUGAAGUCUCUACGAGGCUCAGGUCAGAAGUUUGGUCAGAACCAGCCCAGCCUCUUUCAGGUGAACUGCAUCAUUCUGGAAGGUCCUCACGCAGGCAGACGUCUUUACAAAACCCCUCGGAAGAAGAACUAGCAUCCAGGAGCACUGUGACUGCAAACGAAGAAGCUUUGCAGAAGAUCAGCGCUCUGGAAAACGAGCUAGCCACUUUAAGAGCACAGAUAGCCAAAAUCGUCAUCUUGCAAGAACAGCAGAACCUGACAGCAGCUGGGUCAAGUCCAGUUGCUUCAGUGACUGUCCCUGUCGCGCCUCCACCGCCGCCGCCUCCUCUGCCACCCCCGCUCCCUCCCCCAGGUCUGCAGCCCAGCAAGUCUGCGAUUGAGCUCAUUAGAGAGAGGAAAAACAGAAAAACAAACUCUGACCAGAGUCUGACAGAAAAUGGGCCAAAGAAGUCUGAAAUACCAAACAUGCUAGAAAUCCUCAAAGACAUGAACAGUGUGAAACUACGCUCAGUGAAAAGAUCAUCAGAAGGUACCAAAUCUAAAGUGGCUGACCCUGCGGAUCCCGCAGCAUUGAUAGCAGAAGCACUCAAGAAGAAAUUUGCGUAUCGAUACCGAAACGACAGCCAAAGUGAAGUAGAAAAAGUGGUUCCAAAGACUGAGACAAAGACGACGACUGAGGUAGUGCUGUUUGGACCGCACAUGCUGAAGUCUACAGGGAAGAUGAAGACAUUAAUUGAAAAAUCUUAA